GGCGCUCCCGAAGGUGGAAGGGCUUGGGCGACAUGAUGGCGGGAGAGAAGACGCGCAGGCACAGGAAGCUGGUGACGGCGAUGAACGGGGCGACCAGCCAGAUGUGCAGGUGAAGCACAAGACAGGUUCUCUUCAUGCCUCCACUAUCCUGGCCUCGACCAAACUGCAGAGGGGAAAACUCAGAUCAAACUGUUGAGGGUCCACAAACAGGCUGAAGACCUCGUCUGGAGGGAGACUGCAGUGAACCCAAGAUCUUUCAAAUAAGCGCAUCGACAUAACAAGAUUUAGAAAAGAAUAAGCACGGUGCUGUGAGAGCAGCUAGCGGGGGCUGGACUGGGUCCCCGCGGCCAGGCUUCCAAGUCGAGCUGCCGUUUGGGUGGGACCAGAAGACGGGCUAGUCUGCGCCCCAGGAUCCCUCCCUGAGGACAAACAGAAGGCCGGGUCCUCCCUUCUCCCGCUUGUCCUUCGGCAUUCGCCGGACCUGCAUGCUAGACCAGCUGGCCGGACGGCUCGCUAGGACCCGCGGGUGCGGCUGGCCCCUGCCAUUUCCGCUUCCUGCCGUGGGGCGGGGUUCCGGUUGUCGGAGGCGAGGCUUGUCGGCUGUCAAAGGGGCGGCCCGGCCCGGAAGCUACAGCAGCGGCGCGGAGACUGCGGGGCGGGCCAUGGCGGCGAACCUGAGCCGGAACGGGCCAGCGCUGCAGGAGGCCUACGUGCGGGUGGUCACCGAGAAGUCCCCGACCGACUGGGCUCUCUUUACCUAUGAAGGCAACAGCAAUGACAUCCGCGUGGCUGGCACAGGGGAGGGUGGCCUGGAGGAGAUGGUGGAGGAGCUCAACAGCGGGAAGGUGAUGUACGCCUUCUGCAGAGUGAAGGACCCCAACUCUGGACUGCCCAAAUUUGUCCUCAUCAACUGGACAGGCGAGGGCGUGAAUGAUGUGCGGAAGGGAGCCUGCGCCAGCCACGUCAGCACCAUGGCCAACUUCCUGAAGGGGGCCCAUGUGACCAUCAACGCACGGGCCGAGGAGGAUGUGGAGCCUGAGUGCAUCAUGGAGAAGGUGGCCAAGGCUUCAGGUGCCAACUACAGCUUUCACAAGGAGAGUGGCCGCUUCCAGGACGCGGGACCCCAGGCCCCAGUGGGCUCUGUGUACCAGAAGACCAAUGCCGUGUCUGAGAUUAAAAGGGUUGGUAAAGACAGCUUCUGGGCCAAAGCAGAGAAGGAGGAGGAGAACCGUCGGCUGGAGGAAAAGCGGCGGGCCGAGGAGGCGCAGCGGCAGCUGGAGCAGGAGCGCCGGGAGCGUGAGCUGCGUGAGGCUGCACGCCGGGAGCAGCGCUAUCAGGAGCAGGGUGGCGAGGCCAGCCCCCAGAGGACGUGGGAGCAGCAGCAAGAAGUGGUUUCAAGGAACCGAAAUGAGCAGGAGUCUGCCGUGCACCCGAGGGAGAUUUUCAAGCAGAAGGAGAGGGCCAUGUCCACCACCUCCAUCUCCAGUCCUCAGCCUGGCAAGCUGAGGAGCCCCUUCCUGCAGAAGCAGCUCACCCAACCAGAGACCCACUUUGGCAGAGAGCCAGCUGCUGCCAUCUCAAGGCCCAGGGCAGAUCUCCCUGCUGAGGAGCCGGCGCCCAGCACUCCUCCAUGUCUGGUGCAGGCAGAAGAGGAGGCUGUGUAUGAGGAACCUCCAGAGCAGGAGACCUUCUACGAGCAGCCCCCACUGGUGCAGCAGCAAGGUGCCGGCUCUGAGCACAUUGACCACCACAUUCAGGGCCAGGGGCUCAGUGGGCAAGGGCUCUGUGCCCGUGCCCUGUACGACUACCAGGCAGCCGACGACACAGAGAUCUCCUUUGACCCUGAGAACCUCAUCACGGGCAUCGAGGUGAUCGACGAAGGCUGGUGGCGUGGCUAUGGGCCGGAUGGCCAUUUUGGCAUGUUCCCUGCCAACUACGUGGAGCUCAUUGAGUGAGGCUGAGGGCACAUCUUGCCCUUCCCCUCUCAGACAUGGCUUCCUUAUUGCUGGAAGAGGCGGCCUGGGAGUUGACAUUCGGCACUCUUCCAGGAAUAGGACCCCCAGUGAGGAUGAGGCCUCAGGGCUCCCUCCGGCUUGGCAGACUCAGCCUGUCACCCCAAAUGCAGCAAUGGCCUGGUGAUUCCCACACAUCCUUCCUGCAUCCCCCGACCCUCCUAGACAGCUUGGCUCUUGCCCCUGACAGGAUACUGAGCCAAGCCCUGCCUGUGGCCAAGCCCUGAGUGGCCACUGCCAAGCUGCGGGGAAGGGUCCUGAGCAGGGGCAUCUGGGAGGCUCUGGCUGCCUUCUGCAUUUAUCUGCCUUUUUUCUUUUUCUCUUGCUUCUAAGGGGUGGUGGCCACCACUGUUUAGAAUGACCCUUGGGAACAGUGAACGUAGAGAAUUGUUUUUAGCAGAGUUUGUGACCAAAGUCAGAGUGGAUCAUGGUGGUUUGGCAGCAGGGAAUUUGUCUUGUUGGAGCCUGCUCUGUGCUCCCCACUCCAUUUCUCUGUCCCUCUGCCUGGGCUAUGGGAAGUGGGGAUGCAGAUGGCCAAGCUCCCACCCUGGUUAUUCAAAAACGGCAGACACAACAUGUUCCUCCACGCGGCUCACUCGAUGCCUGCAGGCCCCAGUGUGUGCCUCAACUGAUUCUGACUUCAGGAAAAGUAACACAGAGUGGCCUUGGCCUGUUGUCUUCCCCUAUUUUCUGUCCCAGCUCAUCCGUGUCUCUGAAGAACAAAUAUGCUUUUGGACCACAAA